AUGGACAUAAAGGCUGAAUCAUUUGUGAGUGGUUCUGGCGACUUUUUUGACAUACCGGCGGCGGAACAGGAAAUUACUGUUGACUCUAAUGAUCAGCCUAAUGUAUCAGGAGUGGGUUCAUCGUUGGUGCAGAACAUUCCAACAGCAUCAAAUGAAGGUGUGUUUCAAUCUGUUGCACCUUCCAUUGUUCGAGUAACUGGCACUCCACAAACUGCUCGUGGACCUCGUGUAAUUAUGGUGCAGCGCUCUAGUCAGGGUGGUGUGCCCUCUCCUGCGCAACCAGGUCAGGGUAUUAAGACCGUCAAAAUUAUCACCGUUCCUGGUCAGGGGGCUGGUGGUAAGCCAAUUAAAGCUGCUGUUAUACCCAUGCACAUGCUCCAACGGGGUGUUAAGGUUCUCACCAGUUCUGGUCAGCAGACUAUCGGUCCGGGUGGAACGGUAAUAGCUUCGGGUGGGGUUGGGUCACCUGUGGGAACUUCUCGCGUUCUGGCUCUGAGACCACCUACUCAAAUUGCCGGCCAGGCUACAGGAAAUGUGACCUUUUUGGGAACGCCUGGCACCCAUAUUCGGCCGAGAACGUUUAUCGUGUCGAGUGCAUCAGGCCAAACGCGCGUGGCUCAGGGGUUUGCAUUGCCUCAACAACUGUCACAGCAAGUAGGGGAUGAGGUUGAGAACUCUUUUAUAUCUGCGGGUGGCGCUGGUGCUGAGGGUUUUGUUCAGCCUGGCUUUCUUGAUCUCUCUGCUGCCACUGCUGCUGGACAUCCCGCUGCCGCUCACUUUACCCGUCAAACCAGUCCGGGUGCCCACGAGUCGGAAGGGGAGCAAGACCACGUAACCACAGGACUCAAAACUAACGGGCUUAGACGUUACGCUCGCUGCGUUUGCAAUAAAGUGAAGGAGAAGAAUGUAACGUCCUACAGUGAGGUUGCGGAUGAACUUGUUCAUGAAUAUGCAGCUGAACAUCCAAUGAUUCCAUCAGAGCAGCUUCAUUAUAUUCAAAAGAAUAUUCGCCGCCGAGUUUAUGACGCUCUCAAUGUGUUGAUGGCUCUCAAUGUGCUACAGAAGGAGAAGAAGGAAAUUCGGUGGGUUGGGUUGCCAGUUAAUAUGAUUGAGGAGUGCCGAAGGCUAGAAGAAGAACGAGAAAAACGGCAAAAUUCUCUUAGAAAUAAGGUAACGUCAGCUUCAAAUUUCUAUCCCAAACCUGCUACGGCUGAAAUACAGGAGCUGAUCUUACAGCUAAUCGCCUUCAAGAAUUUGAUAACGCGAAACCGUAUGAACGAGCGCUACCAACGACAGCGCCAUGUUCAGCGAGAGGCUAAUGAGGUGGCGGCGAACAUGUCUGGUACGAAGUCGCAUACCAAUUUAGACGAGAGUGUCGCAGCUCUUAUCCCUCAACGUCUCGAUCGCAUCUCCUUGCCCUUCCUCGUUGUCUCAACUCUCAAGAAAACCGUAAUCGACUGCAAUAUCUCAAAAGACAAACUGGAAUACUAUUUCAACUUUGACCAACCCUAUGAGAUUCGUGAUGAAGUUGACACUUUGAAGCGAAUGGGCCUUACUCUGCGACUGGGCAGUCCACAGUGCACCCAAGAGGAGUACAAUCAGUGCCUUGAACUCAUCCCUCCAUCGUUGCGCUUUUAUGUUGAAGCUAUCUUUGAGCGUCGCCAGGCUAUAGUGCCCGAUUUUGAGGCUCUUCAUCAACAGCGUCGUCUCUAUGUGGAAGCACGUUUGGCUGAAGUUGCAGCCGCGGGUGGUCCAAACACGACUCCCGCAGGUGUACCAGACUCUCACACCCACCACACCCAGCAUCACCGCAGACGCUUCGGUGAUGAUUUCUUUGACGACGAGGAGGAGGAAGAGGUGGUGGGUGGAGGCGGUGGUGAAACCACAGAUGAUGGUGGUGCUGCCUCUGAACAGAUUCAUUUGCAGCGUGCUAGUUCUGGCGUUACAUCAAGCACUGAGAUAACUCCUGGUGACACCCAGCAUUAUGCACGUGCCGCAGCCUCUCGCGGCUUUGUUGUUCCUGGCGGUCCGGGUAGUCUUCUACGUCACUCUGCUAACACUGUGCACCGUCAGGCCGUAAAAAUGACUGUUGAAAGUGCAAUGGGCGAGGCGUCGGAGAACGCUUCGGCUGCGGCGGCCAUUAGUGGGGGUGGCAACGGUGCUGGGGAUGGUGCCACUGCUGCUGGUCGCCUCUUCGAUGUUGGGGAGGACGAAUCGGACGUGGAUAUGGCCGAGGAGGAGGACGAUGAUGAAGACAUGGAAGACGUGCAAGACACCUUGAAGCCGUAUUAUUCCCGUAGAAAGUUAACGGAACAUUCAGAAUACCCUCCAAUGAAGAAGGAAGCCGUGGAUGCAUUCAUCCAUGCUACCACCUCUGUAAGCAGUCGACCGGUUUGUAGAUACGGCUCUGCAUGCUAUCGACGUAACCCUGAUCACUUUGAAGAGUAUUCGCAUCCUGACAGUAUAAGCUCCCCACACAACCCGUUCACUUCCGACCAAUCGGCGGCACCUGAACUUGGAUCGGGCUAUGGCUUUUACGUGUUCCGCGUGAAUGGCGUUAAUUAUGGUUCCAUUCCAACUGUUACUCUCACUGAGAUUUUAGAUGAGAGGAAUGGCAAGCUCAUCGAGUCAGCACAGUUCAACUACAUGUUUGAACUCGAGUGGUUGAUGCAGCAGUAUCCUGAGAAAUAUAGGUCCCUACCCCUGCUAAUUGUUCAUGGGUCUUCAGACGGACAGAGUGAAGAGCUUCGGUCACAGGCGUCUCGAUGGGAAAAUGUGUCAAUUUUGGAGGCUCCUCUCCCCAUCGCCUACGGAACGCACCACACCAAGAUGAUGCUGCUGCACUAUGAAGACGGGUUGCGAGUUGUGAUUCACACUGCCAACCAGAUUCAGUCGGAUUGGCUCCUUCGAACUCAAGGAAUAUGGAUGUCCCCAAAACUGAAGCGUGGCAACGGCGAAUCCACGACACAUUUUCGGUCUGAUUUGCUUGGGUAUCUAUGCGCUUACAAGGGAGGAUCUCGAGCCUCAACACAUCUCGAUCACUGGAUUGACGUGAUUCAGGAUCACGAUUUUAGUUGUUUGAAGUAA